GAAAAGUACAACUUAGCUAUAAUGACAGAUAUAAAGUUACAUGGAUUUUGGUACAGUCCCUUCUCUAUGAGGGUGAAGUGGACUCUUAAGCUUAAGAAUAUUCCAUAUGAGGAUAUAGAAGAAGAUCGUUUCAAUAUGAGUGCUCAACUUCUUCAAUACAAUCCUGUGCACAAGAAGACUCCAGUUCUUGUUCAUGAUGGAAAACCCAUAUGUGAGUCCAUGAUCAUUGUUGAAUACAUUGAUCAGAUAUGGCCACAAAACCCAUUACGUCCCACUAAUGCAUACGAGAAAGCUUUGGCUCAAUUUUGGGUUAAAUACGCUGAUGACAUGGUUCCUGCGAUUGCAUCACUCGUUCGUUGCAGCAAUGAUAUAGAAAAGGAGAAUGCUAUAGAGAAGAUAAAGGAGCAUCUUAGAGUGGUAGAGGAUCAAUGCUUUACAGAGGAGAAGAAAUUUUUUGGGGGUGACACUAUUAAUAUUGUGGACAUAGCAUUUGGGUCCGUAGUGAAAUUUCUUGUGGUUCUUGAAGAUGCUUUUGAAGUGAAGAUCUUGGAAUAUGAGAAAUUUCCUCACUUUCAUUCAUGGUAUAAUAAUUUCAAAGAUGCUCCAGUCAUCAAAGAAAACCUCCCAGAUCAAGACAAAAUGGUGACUUUCUUAAAGUUUUUCAGAGAGAAAAUUUUGGCAUCUUCCUAAGAAAAUAUACACUCUUUAUUAUGCGUGUUUCUUUAGUUUCCACUCUAUCUUGCAUAGGUAUGUGAGAUAUCAAGUCUAAAUCAUUUUAUAUCUAUUUGAAUAAUUUUGCUUUGUAACUAUUUGAAUAAUUUUGCUAUGCUUGUUUCCACUUUGUGUUUGCCUUAAUAUUAAACCUCAAUCAAUAAAUAUAUUCAGAGUGUUUUUAUUCAUACA